AUAACUGUUUUUCGCCAUCCGCAAUUCAUUCAUUCGCUCGUUUUCUUCUGCAACUCGACGGACGCCGAAAAUCUCGUUAGCCGCGAGAGAGAAACAAGCGAACGUAGCAGGCCGCGACGACGACAGUCUACUUUUUGACAAAUUGCGAGUAAACGCGAUUCACCUGUUCACUUUUUACGAGUUCAGACGAUUCUGGUCGCAUUUUCCGCUGCAUUUUAUAGUCGGUGAUUUUUUUGUUUUUUCGAUUAUUAUUAUUUGUGCGCUUUUUGUUUUGGAUUUUUCUUUUAAAUGAAAAUGGCUGAGCUCAAAGGUUCUGAUAGCAUAGUUGGCAUAUCAGAUAUAACGGAGGGCAAGGGCUUGUGGAAAGCCCUUGUAGCCGAAUUUUUGGGCACGUUUAUCUUGGUUGCAGUCGGCUGUGGUUCCUGUAUCGGCUCACCUACUACAGUACAAAUUGCAUUGACGUUCGGUUUGACAGUUGCAGCUUUAGUUCAGGCGAUUGGUCAUGUUAGCGGAUGUCACAUAAACCCAGCUGUCAGCGUUAGUCUUUUUGUCACUGGGGAUAUCAAAUUGUUGAAGAUGCUUCUAUACAUUGUAGCUCAAUGCAUUGGUGCCGUCACGGGAGCUGCUUUUCUACAGUUUCUGCUUCCCGAAAAACUUGUUGGCUCCCUGGGUAUUACAAAUGUCAAUGCUGAUCUGAAUGCCUGCCAAGGAUUUCUGUUUGAAGCACUGUUGACGUUCCUUCUUGUCUUUGUCAUUCAUGGCGUUUGCGAUGGACGAAGAAAAGACAUCACAGGUUCGGUUCCAUUGGCAAUUGGUUUGACCAUCACUGCUGUCCAUUUAUCUGGUAUCCAAUUUACAGGUUCCAGUGUCAAUCCAGCUCGAAGUUUAGGUCCAGCUGUUGUUAUGAAUCUCUGGGAAAAUCACUGGGUAUACUGGGCUGGACCAAUCCUUGGAGGUGUACUUGCAGGACUCAUCUACAGGUUUAUUUUCAAAGUUCAAAAAGGAGAAAGCGACUCAUACGACUUUUAGCGAUUUUUAAGAUAAUUUUCUUACAUUAUUAGUAAGCUCUAUAAGCAGAAGCUUGACAAUAUCAUUAUUUUUAUUGAUUUUUUAUAUAGUUGUUUGUUUUUUAUAACUAUAAUUACGAGAAAAAAUCCCACGCUCUAUGAUUUUCUGAUAUUUAUAUGUCUUAAGUAUACAAAUAUUUUCUAAAAGAAAUUAAUGUCGAUUGAUUUAAUUAACAUUUGAGCAUUAUUUAUUGUAAUUAUCGACGCGUGAUGUUUCACUCCGUUUUUAUUUUCUUUAUUAGCUAUAAGUGCUUUAUUUUUAAGUGUUUAUAGUUUUAAUAUUAGGUACUUAUAAAUGUAUAAGUUAAGCAUAAUGAGUUUAAAAACUUAACAUUGAUGAAAUUAUAAAAUUUUGUACUUAAUUAUGACAGAAAUUAAUGAAGAUCCGAAGAAGCGAAAAAUGAUGUCUUGGAUUUAGAAUCUUUAAAUUAUUGUACGAGUAUUGUAUAAAGUAUGUGUAAAUAUUAUCAGUAUUAGUAAAUAUAAUAUUUUUUGAA